GCGAAAUCAGUUCGUUGUCGUCAGUCAGCCAGUUCAGUUCAGUUCGGUUUUCGCAGAGGUCAUCAAGGCAGAGAACCAACAGCCCGAGGAAAAUCCAUCCAAGGCGAAGGCAACACCAGCAGCGAAUUGGAGCAGCAACAGCAACAACGCAGCAGCAGUAGCAGCAGCAACAGCAACAGCAACGCAACAGCAAGCAGUCCAGUCCAAGCACAGUUGAUGCAAAAAGUUCUCAAACCAGCCGCCGCAAUCGAAUUAUUCAAACUCUAAUUCGAUUCCACUGUGCGUGUACCGUUGUGGGUGCGUGUGUCGGUGUGUGUGUGUGCGUGAGUGUCCUUGGUUGUGUGUGGCCAAAAAAGAAUAAAGAAUAUAAAGCCAAACUGAAGUAAAUCAACACUGAGGGCGCCGCCAGGAUUCAGCCGCCCACGCAGGACUAAAAAAGGAAGCUGAAAUCAGGCCAGGCCGCAGAGGAAAAUCAAUUUUCUGUUAAAAUACAUAAAUUGCAACGAUAGACGCGUCUCGAAAAGCGAAUUGCCGAGUAUAGUAGUCGGCUGCAAAACUCCAAAAACUCCGCCACCCUUUUCCCCGCCGCCCCUUUCAAUCGCUAUGCACACACACUCAAGCGCGUAGCACACACACACCACACACACACGCGCGUACAGAGCAGCAGCGCUUGGACGUUAACGGUGAAAAGAAGAAGAAGACGCCGCCUGGUUAGGCCAUCAGUGGAGGUGCAACGGGGGCUAAGGAAGGAGCAGAAAGGAGUGGAGAGCAGAGGAGGAGAAUCAAGAGAACUAACUGUAAUCUCUGGCGGAGACAGUUCACAACAGUCGCGUCCAUCGAGUUAGGCCCACUCAAAAAUCAAUCGACAGAAAAAUCAAUCACAGCCUGCCGACAUCUCCAUUAAAAAACGGCCUAACCAAGAAGCAGCAAAACCAAACUCAGAAAAGAUAACUUCCAGAAUUUCCAAUAAUAUAAAACAAAAAAAAAACAACUAUCAACUAAUACAGCCUAAAAUAAUAACUAAAUUUUUCUAAUAAAGACAUCUGUGAUUUGAAUAUAAAAACGGAACAUAAAUUUAUAAACAACAAUUAUUUUCAUACUGCACUUUUUCAAAACCAAUAAAAAAAAUAACUGAAAACCAAAUCAAUUAAAUUUAUAAAUUUCCAAACAUAAACCACAUAUAAUUCGGUGAGCGUAUAAAAUAAAUAAAAAUAUAAAUUUAAAUAUAUACCGCGCACGCAAAGCUGACACGCCUCGAGGAUAAAGUCGAAAACCGCAAAAGCAAGGAAAACGCAAAGCAAAAGCACCACCACAACCGCCAAACAGCAGAAGCAAAAGCCGGACCACCAGCCAGGGCAGCCUCAAAUUCACACAAGGUCAACGGAAUUAAUAUUUUUUAAAUGGAAAUCAUUCCUGAAGGUAAACACUUUCGUUUGGUGCAUGAAUCAGAGCUUCCAGAAAUUUUGGUAACUUUAGAGCGCUAUCUGCCGGAAUCGUUAAAGUUUCAUCAAACCAUAAAAACGUACCUGAAUGAUCGUAUUUGGGACUUUAAGUUUUAUGUUGCUAAAGAUUGGCCCGACAAACCGAUAAUUCUCCAUUUCCCAGGAUGCACGCUUGCGCCACACAACAAUAUAUACCAAACUCUAGGCAUAUUUUGUCCAUCCGCACACAUCGAGCAUGUCGAUAUGCUGCGCACCGAAGAUGUACUUAUAGAUUGGCAGAAGCCUAUGUACCUGAACUUUACGCACAUCGCCAUUAUGAAUCGCCUGGAUGACUUCUACUCGAAGUUCGGUGUGAUGGAACGACUCAGUGGUGAUAUCUACGUGUGCAACAAGCUGAACACCGAUCUGGAGCUGGAGCCGCUGCCGGAGGACGCGGAGAUGCGUCUGCUGAACCUGGACAACGUGCAGGGCAUACAUGAUCUAUAUCCUGCCAAUGAAAUCGAGUGCGUCCAGCUGUUUGACAUCCUCGUGCGCAAGCUACCUGGCCUGGGCAUCUUUCGCAAGGAAACCGGAGAGCUAGCCGCCUGGAUGGUCCAUUCAUACUACGGUGCCAUGUUCUCAAUGCAAACACGUCCAGACUUUAGGCGCAUGGGCUAUGGAAUCCGUCUGGCCAAGUCGCUGACCCAGCUGGUGAUCGAGCGCGGCUACACGCCCUUCGUGGUGAUACGUCCUGGAAAUGAUGCGUCCCGCAGUUUGUAUACGAAGCUGGGCUACGAGAAGGCUUUCGAGACGUGCCGGGUGCGGAUGACACCGGAUUGCUACGAGGACAGCACCGUGGGAACCAUUGACAACACGUCCUAUGGAAAGUUUCCGCCGUUGCCGCAGGGUGACUGCGUGGUGGUGACCAAGCUGCGGCGCAAGCAUGUGCCGGGCGAGAGCCAGACGGUAGACGAGGGCAUCGAGGAUAUGUUGGCUGAAAAAUGUGAUAUCAGCGGUGACGAGGCGAGGGAGCGCAAGACCACGACCGACGAGGGCAUCGGGGAGGACAAGUAGGCCAGGUUGGGUUAGGUAUACGAGAUAUGAGAUCGAUCGGAGCGCUGCGCCCACGCAGAACUUAUGCUUAAAGCUGUAAGCACCCAUUAGGACUCUUUAGGACAGACAGGACAUGGCACACAUCAAGUGGCGUUGAUUUUUUAAACAAUUAUAUUAACGAGAAAACCAAGAAACUGUACGAGUAUAUUUAUAGAUGGUAUAUGAAGCUUCCUCACACAGAAACGCGGCGGCGUCGAUCGGCGAAUGUGGUUUAUUCGGCCAGAAUCAAGGGAUUUAUUUUAUAUGGGUAUUGAUUAGGAUUCGAUGACAAGAACUAAACAUUAACCGGGGGAUUUAAACGAUCAAGAGCGGCGAUUAAGUCAGACAUUUUAAACGGGAACCGAGGACAGAGAGAGAGAACAUUUUUAAUUUUUUGCUAAAAAUGCUUUUACAAAAAUGAACUCCAAGAACGAACAGAGAACACAAACAGAGUGACUCAGUGCAAAUCAAGGAGCGCAUCAAUUUAUUAAAACUAUUAUAUAUAUUAACUCACUCUAUAUAUCAAAUUGUUAAACGAACUAAACAAGCAACACACAACAACUACUUCUCUCUUCUGGCUCGCCACGCAAAAUCUCUGUGAACAGGAUAAUCUCGAUUAACUCGAAUCAACC